AGCUAUUGACAUUUCGUAAGUGAAUAAUUGGUCAUACAGUUUGUUGAUCGGUUAUCCGAAAAAUUUCAGUGAACAAGUUAGGUGAUAUUGAUUGGACUAUGAAAUUGAUUCACUUCAGAGUUAUAAAUAGCUGCUUCACUGAAUGAUCGACAUUAAUUCAUUUCUUUUUAGAAUUUGGCUGCAGCAACUGAAGAUGUAAAGGACUCACUAUCGAAUUUGGCUGAUGAUUUGGGAUGCAUUCUAAUUGACCAUUUACGACAAGUAGAUGCGAACUUCAACUUUAUGUCACCUGUCACUGCAACAUACGAUCUAGACACUCGAUUCAUGCUGAUGCUUGACAAGAAUAUGAUGCCUGAAUCUAACAAGGACGAUUCCAUACCUGUUAAGAAUGACUGGGUGAAGUUUGCCGCAACGGCCUCUGCAUACAUCUACAAAAAUGUUGGUGAAUCGGUUUCCAAACCCCUUCGAAAAUGGCUGGCGAAUGCUGCCAGUGCUGCGAUUCUCGCUGGACUACUUGCAGAAGUGCCUGAGUCAUGCGAUUCAGAUGAACGAACUACUUCUGAUGGAGAGGCAUCUGUCGAAAAUAUCUCCACACCUGACAGAGUAGUGGAGAAUCGUCAAGAUGGUGCCUGGUACUAUGGCUGUUGGACCGUUGACAAUCUUGCCAGAAGUUGUGAAAUGAUGGAUGUGAUCGAUGUUGAAAUGAUAGAUGCAUGUAUUCGAGUGAUGAUUGCUGCUGUUGUUAAUUAUUUUCAGGAAAACAGAUUCGCUCCGUGUGGGUUGUUGAGAGACAGUUAUGCAAGUGCGAUACUGAGAAGUGAUCUAAUGGAUAGGUAUGGGUUAACAGACGAACAUGAUAAAAUUGAAGCGAUGUGUAUUACUGGUUAUUGGGUCUCGAAACUGUAUGUGUUUCACAUGGCGACGAAGUAUCGUGAUUUGGAACACCCAAUCAGACCUAUAAAUAAUGUUGGUUUGGUGCGUCCUUUGAAACUCGAUAUCAGUCAGUGUUUCGAGGACUUGACAGCUAGGUUUAUCCGUACACGAAUCGCACAUCAGAUCGCCAGUCGAAUGGUGCGAUCUGUGUGUAUAGUGUUUUUCGAAGAUUUGAAUGAAUUGAUUGAGUUGCGGAAGCUGUACCGUCAAAUAUCCAGUGAUCCAUUUUAUUAUCACACUGACUGUGAGUAUUUGACGAAAUCUUCUCGGCCGUCAGUCAGUGACAAGAUGAGCAGUAUAUUUGGUCGAUUGGUCACCUAUUUGAGUGUUUUUGAGCCGAAUAGUGAACUGUUUGAUUAUCCGCAGUUGAAGAUGAGUGGCAGAACUCGAGAGCAACACUAUGUUGAUUAUAGUAAGAACUGGAAGAAGAUACUGGAGACGAUUUAUACAGAGUUGUAUAUGCCAAGUGGAAGUCAUUUAUUGGAUGUACUUAGAAGUAGAUGCAAGAUUGCAGAAAAUAAUCCACAAAAUGAAGAACUUUUGAGAGAAUGUUGGAAUGAAUAUGGUGUCAAUUUAGACGCUCAACAGAUGAUUUUACGGUACUUUAUACCUCCUACUUCCCCUUCCGUAGUUGUUGAUCAUAAACUUUCGGACUUUGAAUGGUUUGUACAUCAUUUAAAAAAAGCAUUUCAAUUUUAUCAAAGUCUUAUGUGUUUAAUACAAAUAGGAAUACAGAUUUUGUUUAUGUAUAGUUUGUGA